GGAUGAACCACCAGUGUAUGAAAUGGAACAAUACUCUCAUGAUGAUAGUGGUGAUAUAAACCCAUUCAAUUUGACAAGUAAACAAUUUAAAACCUUUGCAACUUUAUUUUCAGAGGCAUUGAUGAAGAAUACAACUUUAAAAAGUCUUGCAAUUUCUUGUUGGGACACAUUAUUGGCCGAUAAUCAUAAAUUUCAAAAACAAAAUCAGCAACUACAGCUGUAUGAUGAUGACAACAUUAGCGAUUAUGAAAACAACAACAACAAUAAUAAUGGCUUUUAUGAAGAUUGUGGUAAUAGUGCACAAGAUAUCAGUUUAAUUGACAAUUCUAUUUUCUUUAAAGCAAUUUCAAUGAACCAAACUUUGGUAUCUCUAUCACUAGUCAAUGAAGUCAUCAACGAAAACGAUUUAAAAUGUUUAGGUUACAAUCUUCUAAAGAACCAUUCUAUUUCAUUUUUAAAUCUAUCAAACAACAAUCUUAGUGAUACUGAUUCAUUAUUAGAGUUUUUAAUCUAUUUAAAUCGUCGUCAUACUCCCAGCAACAAUUCUACACCUACUGGUGCAAAUUUACAAAACCUAAAUCUUUCAAAGAAUAUAUACUCUCCAAUUAGCUCACCCAGUUUAAUCUAUAAACAUAUUCAAAUGAAUAAAUCAUGCUCAAGACAAAUUAUUUUACCAAUCUGUUUGGAAUACAAAAUUAAUAUUUUAAAUCAAAAUAAAUUGAUUAAUAUUUUAUUUAAAUAAAAUUAAAAUAAUUUAAUCAUUUUAAAUAAAUAAUUUUUAAAAAUCUCCACCACAC